CGGGCCCUCUUCGUCGGCCACCAUGGGGUCCGAAAUUCCCACUGGGGAAGUGCCCGGUGACGAGGGCUCGGCCCCUGAGGAAGGAGCUUCCUGCUCAGGUGAGCCCGGGACGGCGGGAGCCGCUCCCGACCGCCGAGGCGGCCCCUGGCGAGGUGUGGGGAGCCAGAGGGAAGCUGGAGACCGGGGUGGCUCCCAAAACCUGCCCUAUCCCGGGGGAAAACUGCAGCUCCCUCAUGAAAACGGCCCCCAGGUUCCCGCUGACAUGCGUGUAAAAACCACCGAGGAAAGCACUGUCGGGUCGUAGAACGACAGCGGCUGUUGACGCCUGUAAUCGUCUGUCAGAAGUUAUAGUUUGAAGGCAUAAAGUUGUGUUCUCAAAGGGGAACCAGCAGCAGGAACAAAUACGAAGGAAUGCGAGGAAAAUUUCUCUUUCCACAGCGCCAGGUAUGAGGAAGAAUAGUUAGUUCCCGGUCUGUAUGGCGGUGUGCCAUUCAAAGGGGAAUACGAUGAGGCCAUCAUACCCGACAGAAAAGAAGACACUUAUGAGUGGGCAAAAAUGCAAUAGACAAUGAGCCGAAGAGCAAACUUCAUUUAGCUUAAUUAUUUUGUGAGUCUUGUAUAAACCAUAUAACAGAAGGGAAGAGACGCCCACCAGCCAUGCGGCCACAAGCCGAGCGCUGUGGUGGCCCGGUGUCACCGGGGUCUGGUGGCCGCUGUCCAGCUGUGAUCCAGCAGGGAGGAGCGGCCAGCCCAGCGCGACCUGCUCUGCCCCGGGGCUGCGCCCGCAGUGCCAGCGCGGCUGCGAACAGCGCUGCGCGCCCGCCCCAGCUCGCCCCCGUGCGAGGCUGGAGCGACGCUCUGACAAGAUGUGCGGUGCAAAAAGUAAAUCAUUAGCGUUUACUGGAGUGCUUCUCAGCUGCCUAGAAAUGAUAUUUUCAGCAAACACAGCUCCAGAUAUACCUGUUAUUGACCAAGCUUAUUCAAAACUUAGCAACAGCAUCACAGUGGAAUGGAGAGCGGUACCUGGGGCUACUAAUUACAUGCUGACUGCACAAGAUGGAGAUUCCUUUGUUGAAACUAUAGUAAAAAAUUCUCCAGGCACAGUGACGGGACUGAAGCCUGCCACUUCGUACCGAAUCACUGUGAGAUCUAUAAAUUCAGGAGGAAAAAGCCAGCCUUCACCUUUCAGAAAAGUAAAAACAGUCCUCGCUGCUCCGAUUCUGUCUGUUCGUUCUCCGAGUUGUGGCUCCAUUGCAGUGAGCUGGAAAGCUGUGCAUAUGGCAGCUGGAUUCUCUGUGUCACUUGUGAGAUCAGAUGGUUUGGGCAGAAUGCUGAAGCAGAACACCACCAAUACCUCCUUGAUGUUUACAAAUCUAGAUCCAGGAACUCUCUAUACUAUCAAGGCUUAUGCCUGGAAUGCCAAUGGGAUGCCUGGAGAUGAUUUCACAUAUAACCAAAGAACAAGUCCUCAUGCACCAGUGGAUGUUAAAGUAGCUUUCAAUAGUGGUGCUUUAAGAGCUGCUGUCUCUUGGAUGCCAACAGAAGGAGCUCUAACUUACAGUGUCACAGUCUCCAGUGGACUCCUGAAACUGAGGUGUAACACAUCUUCUGCCUCCUGCAUGGUGCCAUCCCUCCAGUGCAGCUCUGAAUAUUAUGUGUCUGUCACAGCAUACAAUGAUGCUGGAUCCAGUGAACCUACUGAUGCAGUAAGCAUAAAAACGAUUCCUUGUGCACCAGUAAACAUAUCAAUUGAGGAGGAUGAAUCUGGUCACUUGCUGGUAUCAUGGUCUAGCGUCAGUUUGGGUCAUUAUUAUGUGGUUUUUGUGAAGAGUGAUGAUGGCUUGGAAGUGCACUGCAACACAUCACAUACUCAAUGCCAUUUCCAGUCGGACUGUGGUUUCACUUAUUUCAUUAGUGUCUUUGCAUAUAACAAGGCAGGACAGAGCCCUUUAGGUGACAUUCUCAAUUACACUACUGCUCCUUGUUGCCCAAGUGACUUCAGAGCCGUGUUCAUAUCAAGCGACACGGUGCGGGUCACCUGGGCUCCUGUGCGAGGCGCUGACCUGUACGAGACCCGAGCAGCUGGCGGCAGCGGAGUGGUGCUCUGCAGGGACACGGCCGCGGCCUGCACCCUGUCGGCUCUGCAGUGCAGCUCCCCCUACAACAUCACCGUGUACUGCUUCAGCGAGGCCCGGGGCAGCAGCGCCUCGUGUGCGCCUCAGUACCUGGCGACAGCUCCCUGCAGUCCUGAAAUUACAAAUAUCUCAAAGGAGGGUCCAUCUGUAGUCAGUGUGCAGUGGCAACCUAACAAUGAAGACGCUAUGUACAUUGUCACUGCCAGAGGAGAGGCUGGACUUUGGCAUUGCACAAGCACCAGGAAUUCCUGUACCCUAAUGGAUCUUCCCUGUGGAUCUGCUUUCUCUGUAAGUGCUAUAGCAAGAUCACCAGCAGGACAGAGCUUACCAAGCUACAGUAUCCCUUUAGAGACAGCUCCUUGUUGCCCUAAUGACCUGACACUAACUCAAGUGACACAGUCGGUAACCAAUAUCAGCUGGUCUGUUGCGAGGGGUGCACAGACAUAUGUAACAACACUGGAGUCUCCAAAAGGACAGGCAAAGUGUCACACACUUCAGACCUACUGUCUCCUGGGAUGUAUCACAUGUGGCACCAACUAUACAGUGUCUCUGAGAGCAGUCAGUGAGACGGGUUUGACAUCCAGCUGCACCUUUCAGGGAUAUUCUUCCAGUGCUUGCUGCCCUUCUGGGGUGAAGCUCUAUAGACUCAGCAACACUGGCAUCAGGGUGUUCUGGCGAGCUUCUGAUGAAACAAUAAACUACAACGCUGAUUUAUGUGGCUCAAAGGGAAAUUUCAGCUGUACCCCCAGCUCGGGUCUGAGUCACUGCGAUAUCACCAAGAUACCUUGUGGGGAUGUCUACACUGUGCUGGUAGCUCCAGUGACCAACAAGGGGCCAAAGCUCACAUUUUGUCCUAAGAAAAUAUAUUCAGUCACCUGUUCUGGAAGCUCUGUUGGAAUGGUUAUUUAUAGAGGAAAGAGCAAUGCAAAACACAUCUAGAUGAAAUUCUGGUUCAGCUAAGGAGUCUUUUUUCCCCUGAAGCUGGAAAGACACAUCUGUGCUUAAGUACAACAUUCACAGCUGCUUGAGGACUGGGAGCAGGAAAGCUGAACACCUAGCCAUAUCUGAGACCUAAUCCAGGCAGGACCUUCUCUCACACUCCACCGUGGUUACUUCUUCAGCCAACUUUGAAAGCAAGGUUUAAGGUCAAUGGUUCUACAAACACUUUAACAGAGUCUUUGGAAGCUCAUGUGUACAAAGGUAUCCAAAGACAACAGGGUUUCUAGCACUAUUUUCAGCUUACAAAAACAGACACUAUCCAUUCUGGAAAUUGCCUUUGUUCAGGGAACACAUUAGGUGUUAAGUGUCUCAGCCAAUGCUUCUGAUCACUUCUAUAAAACCUCAAGGGAAUCUCAUGCUUCAAUAAGUUGCUUGUACAUGGCCCAAGAAUUCUAUGCUGUUUCUUAAAACAUGAUCUGCAUUUAGUCACAAUCAAACAAGUCUUUCUUUAGGAAACAUUAUUUAAAACUGCUCUGCAUUAGUUAAUAGAAAGUCGGUUUUAUUUGUUACUUAAUAAAAAAAAUUAAACUCUUCUUUCUUGAAGGUUCUAUGUCAAUAUUUCUUCUUUGCAGACAUCAUUACCAAACACUGUCACCACAGUGUGUUUAACUGGGUUUGUCGAGAUCUAAAGCAAUUGGUUUCUCUUGGAACUAAAUUCAAGCCCUGAACUACUUUUCACCUAAGCAAUUCUGAUAAUUCUAUGCUCUAAUAGUAACUCUAAUGUACUUUAAGCCAUUCUAAACUGUUGGUUUUCUUAAUUCUCUCUGGUGUACAGCCCUUAACAUUUCAAUUACACACUACAAACAACAAUGUUGUAGUAC